CAGAAAAAAAAUUUAGAAACAGAAGAAAGAUAUCAAUAACUUAAAGGCAGUUUCUGACACCAAAGAAAAAGGAAAGGAAGUUGAUCCAUAUUCUGUCCCUGGUGGACUUGAGAGUCUUUCAUUGGACAGUAAAUUCCAAACACACCAAUGGCUUCAACCUCUUCUGCUCUCACUGUAUCCUCUUCUUCCACACUUUUUGAUGGCAAGGCUCCAAGACACUCACCACCUCUUUCUCCACAAUGUGUCAGCCUUCCCCUCCCCAAUUUCCACUCUCAAAACCGUUCAUGGAAGACCACUGCUUAUAAUGGCAAGAUUGCUCGAAAUGUUAUGGCAAUGGCCACUGGAGAGGCACCGGCCGAAGCUUCCUCAACCGAGGUGCCAGAGAUUGUCAAGACUCUUCAAGAAACCUGGGACAAAGUUGAUGAUAAGUAUGCAGUGAGUUCACUGGUCCUGGUUGGUGUCAUUGCAUUGUGGGGCUCAAUUGGAUUGAUCUCGGCAAUUGAUAGGCUUCCCUUGAUUCCUGGGGUUCUUGAGAUUGUAGGCAUUGGCUACACUGGGUGGUUCGUAUAUAAGAACAUAGUUUUCAAGCCAGACAGGGAAAAUUUGAUACAGAAAGUAAAAGAAACAUACAAUGAAAUACUGGGGAGCAACUGAAAGAGGUAGCAAAAUGCUAAGAUGCUGUAGGCAUGAAAGGAUCAUAUCUUCAAGCUUCAUGUUGAAGAUUUCAUCAUGCUUCAUUUUAUGGCCAUAAGCUUCUGACCAUACUUUAUCCCAAGCACUGUGUGUAAGAAAAUAAUUGUAUCAUUUUAUAUAUCUUAAUCCACUUUUAAGAAAGCUUCAUUUCCUCAAGGAUAACAAAAAGCAAUUGAGUUCAUCAAGCUGAAUUCAAUGACUUUGAAAGAGCUUUUUAUGACCCUAUUUGUUAUCUAUCUGCAUGCAACUUGCUUGCAUACAACCUAUUUGAUUUUAUUACGGUUCAUAAUUUCAUAUUGUUAGCUGA